UUAAUGUUGUGUAAACGUUUAUUGUGACUUAGCAUUUGUCAAUCAAUAUAUUUAUAAAUUAUAUAUCUGUCUUUUAUCAGGGUGUAUUCCAUUCAUCCAGAGUGAGCUGGGUUAGGUACACAGCGCUCCCCUCACCAUUUGCUGUUAUCGUCUUUGUGGAAAUGUGUGAAAGAAGGACUCCAGAGUACGAGGAGGAACUUUGUGGACCAGAAGACGAGAAGGAGCCACAGCGCCGACUAGUGGAUGCUGUGUUCAAUCUGCAGCCUCGAAUUGUGCUGCGCAGAGCAGAUGUCAACGAAGAUCUUCAUCCUCAUUGGCUAAAGCCGGAGUCCCCUCACAUGAAAGAGGAAGCGGAGGACAAAGAGGUUUGUCAGAUGAAAGAGGAAGAAGACCUGAAGCCCCACCACGUCAAAAAGGAGGGGGAAGAGUUCCUAUAUGUUAAAAAGGAAGAACAGGAGGAAAUCAUUCGGGUUCCUUUGACCGGUGUCUCUUUGAAGAGUGAAGAUGAAGGUCAAAGUGAGGAGAGCAGAGGAGUGGAGCCUCCAAACAGCAGCACAGGUCAGCACAUGACAACAAAAGGUGAUGGAGCCCACCGGAGAGGAUCAAAAGCCGAAGGACUCUUCGCUCCGCUGUCAGAUAGCGACGACUUGAUGUCACACGCUCCUCACACUGAUGAGGAUAAACAGUCUGAAGUUGAUAAGACAUGUAACACCGACAACAAACGAUGGAAAUGUUCUCAGUGCGGGAAAACCUUUGCCUAUAAAGGCAAGUUGAAACUGCACAUUAGGACACACACGGGAGAGAAACCGUUUGACUGCAUAGUUUGUGGCCAAAGAUUCUCUCAAAAGGGAGCCUUAAAAAGUCACACAAGGACACACACUGGUGAGAAACCUUUUGCCUGCCUAAUUUGCGGCCAAAGAUUCUCUCUGGAGGGAACCUUAAAAAGUCACACAAGGACACACACCGGUGAAAAACCGUUUUCCUGCGCAGAAUGCGGUCAAAGAUUCUCCCAAAAGGGAAGCUUAAACGUGCACACAAAAACACACACUGGAGAAAAAGCUUUUUCCUGCUCAGUUUGUAGUAAAACAUUCUCUCAUAAGGUACUUUUACAAAGUCACUCAAGAACACACACUGGCGAGAAACCUUUUCGCUGCGCUGUAUGCGGCCAAAGAUUCUCCGCGAAUGGAACUUUAAAAAAACACACACGAACACACACUGGUGAGAAACCCUUUUCCUGCCCAGUGUGUGGCCAGAGAUUCUCUCAGAAGGAAACGCUAAAGCGUCACACAAGAACGCACACUGGCGAGAAACCCUUUGCGUGCUCGGCUUGUGGGAAAAAAUUCUCGCAUAAAGGAGACUUAAAAAGACACACGAGGACCCACACCGGGGAGAAACCUUUUCCCUGUUUAGUUUGCGGGCAAAGGUUCUCUCAUAAGGGAACCUUAAAAGAUCACACAAGAACACACACCGGUGAGAAACCAUAUGCCUGCGCAGAUUGCGGCCAAAGAUUCUCUCGACAGCACGAUUUUAAGAAACACACGUGUGUUUGUAAAAAAAGCGGCGAUCAAUCGGGUUUUCACCUCUGAUACGAGCAGGUUUCAGUUCAUGCGCCAAGAAUUAUUAUAAUCUAUGUCAAGUGUGCCAUUGCCCGUUCGCGGGUUUACCGUUCACGGCCCGGCAUCGUCACAGAUUUUUUUUUUUUUUAAGUCUGCCCUAUUUUCACGACUGUAGCGGUCUUAAAGGUCAAGCGUCAUUCCUAUAAACAUUCUAAAAUAGAAAUUGUAAUAAAUAAUAAAUACAAAUACAUAUAACAUUCACUUCAAUGUCGACACGAAAAAAUAAAUAUGAGAGGAGAGCGCGUCAUCCAUGCGCAAAGUUGCGGAAGUGUCAUUCGACGACGUCCAAGUUCUCGCCAUAUUGGCUGAAUCCCCUGUCCGUGACAUCACCCGGACAUUCGCCAAUGAAAACGCGCGGUGGACCCUACUAUGGGAGACGAACACGCCCCUUCUGACACGGAAGCUCUUUUCAAAAACAACCGAGUAAGUUACCGGGGCAAUAUUACACUCUUGUUUCGGGCCUUAUUAAGAUGAUAUGCGAUCACAGCCAAAGCGCCUCCCUGUCCGAUCCGCUUCCGCGGCGGAAAUGAGCUAUCGCGGCUCAUCGCAGCCGGCCGGUGUGGCUUAUUUUCGGUGCCGAGGUGGCUUAUCACGGAGCCGAGCCGGGCUGCUUUAGGGCGUUGUUCAUAGCCGCUGCCGUCCGUGAGCCGACGCGGCAGCCUUCGCCGGCAGGCCCGACGCAGACGCACACAUCGACACAUUUAGCACGCCUCUCAUAGGUACCCGGAUCUUUUGUUACGUGAUGAGAGAUGGAUUACGUGGUCCGUGAUAUGCGGAUCACGACCAAAUUGCAUGCGGCCAAACCACUUCACCGUCCGAUCCACCUCCGCGCGGCGAUUGUCAUGGUCCUGCCGGACCCAGCCCUGGCUGUCCAGGUCCCCUACACACCUGCGUCUCGUCAGUGAUAAUGAACCCGAGUAUAUGUAGCGGACAAGCUGGCUUUGCCAGAUCGUUGCCAUCCAUGCUUCGUUCGCACUUCCUCGUUCCUGAUCCCGAACCCCUGUGUACCGACCUCCGCCUGUCCUCCGACAAACCCCGUAAGCUUGAGGGUCUUCAUACUGCUGCUCACUCUGACCGAUCUCCUGUGUACCGAUCCCUGCUAGCCCGCUGACCUGCCCUCUACGCCUGAUGUCCUGGUCACCGCUGCUCCAAUUGACCGUCUGCCUGAUCCCCGACCUCGGAACGAAUAAACACUUUUCCCAAACUGCCUCUGCGUCUCCGGAGUUCUGCAUUUGGGUCCUCCCCCGCACCGAUGGGUCUUGACAGCGGUGAUAAAAACAACGCCGACGCCGCGGUCAAACCGCCUCUCCGUCCAAUCCACCUCCACAGCUGAGAUGGGCUUCAGCUGGAGUGGCACAUUGACACAUUUAGCACCCCUGACUUACGGAUUAGCCCCCCCCCCCACCCCCCUACUAUUAUUUUUUUUUAGUAGGUGUAUAUACACCUACCUGUCAUUUGGAUCCCAGGAAGCUCCCGUCCUUUCCACCUGUGCAAUCCAUUUUUCACAACGAACCAGGUCUCUUGGAAACUUAAAAAGGGUAAAUCCAUCCUCCCGAGUGUUCAAGCGACGUCCAGCAAUGCAACGAGCCGUCAUUUUGGCUAACACGAAGGAACAGCGAGCUACCUUCCCGGAAGUAAAACUAAUAGAAACAAACAAGUCCAUUUGAGGACGGUCCUGCCGUGUACGUCACUUCCUGCUUCAAAUCCCUUGAGAGAAUUUUCAUGGCGGGAGUUACAAAAAGCUGUAUGCGUCAAAAUCAUGGUUUGUGGCGAAAAAAAAAGAUGGGUCCAUGUCGGCUGCCGUUUUUUUAAUUAUAACAUGCUAAAAAUCAUGCAUUUCAUGACAGUAGCCCUUUAAAUUUUCUUCUUAAUAGAUAAGGCGCCACAUUAAACGUACUGCCUUACAAUGUGGUGCACCUUAAGUCCACACGGAGUUCAUUUGCAAAUGUCGUUGUAUGAUUUGUCCAAUAAAGGAUGUCCUGAGUGCCGCAAAGCAUGCUGGGAGGAUGUAAAUAGUGUUCAAAGUGCGCGUUUUGUGUCAAAUAUUUCUUGAGUCGGGGCACAUGGAGACAGACGGCUGCACUCACAAUCACACCUAUGGGCAAUUUCGAGUGUCCAGUUAAUGUUGCGUGUUUUCGGGAUGUGGGAGGAACCCCGAGUGCCCGGAGGAAAACCCACGCAGGCACAGGGAGAACAUGCAAACUCCACGCAAGGAAAGCCGGGAUCGAACCCGGGUCUUCAGAACUGUGAGACCGUCGCUUUCCAGCUGCUCCACUGUGUCUCCAUGAUAACCUGUGUGUACUUCAAUGGACAAGUCACGCAACAAUCAUGCACAUGAGGCAUGCCGUCCAUUUUUCAGACUUUUAAGUGCAUCUUAUGGUUGUAAAAAUAUGGUACAUAUCAUACGUAGGUAUAUUAUUGGCACAUCCAUUAUUCACAGAUUUUCCUUAUCCGUAGGGGUGUACGGAGCGUAACAUUGAGCCCAAUGCCAUCCAGCUGCAACAUCGUGCCGCCUGAAGACAACAUUAAGGCAUAAAAA